UCAGAACCUGUGUUCCCCUGUUCUGUUCUUUUUCAUAGUUCAACAAUGUCUGCCAUUGUUAACCUCUCAAGUGUCCUCCCACAUAAGGGCACCUUCCCUUUCGCCUCCUUCAAAGGGUGGUCAUCACCACCACGAGCCUCGAGAAGCAGUGACAAGCCAUGGAUUGUGGCGAACCAAGGUCGCAGCACCAUCGUUAACAGCCAUAUAUCGAGAAGGCAAGCUGAGAAGAAGAGAUUACUACUGGUCAUUACCACAAAAACAAGAACAACCAAGUGCUUGUCAGUGGAUGACGUGGACAUCACGUCAGCUGGGUCUGAUCCCAUUUCCCCAUAUGUUGUCGUCAACAGCUUGUAUGAAUAUAUCAAUGCAAAGAAGUUGAAGGAACUUGGAGACCUGAUCUCUGUGGAUUGUACCUUGGAGGAUUGCUCAUUUCCUUUCCCAAUCCAGGGGAAGAAGGAAGCCAUGAUUUUCUUCCAGCAGCUCACCAGCAGCAUGGGCCAGAAUGUGAAGUUCAGAAUCGACCGAGUCUGCGAUAAUAGCCAUGAGCUCACAGCCGCCAUCAACUGGCACCUUGAGUGGAAUAAGACUCCCAUACCAUUUACUAGAGGGUGCAGCUUCUACGAGUGCACAAUGGGACAAGGAUCUAGCCUGGUCAUUAAGAAAGCUUUAGUUGUGAUCGAGUCACCUAUUAAACCAGGAGGCAUUGUUCUGGCAUUGUUAAGGAAUGUGACCGCAUUAUUCGACGAAUUCCCUACAGCAGCUGAAUGGUUCUUGCAGAGUCCUCAUGUAAUCAUCCGAUUCUUGAUGCGAAUGUACUCUACCUUUAUGGCACCAGUUAUCAAUCCACUUAUGGCUGGCUACUUCAAGAUGUGGACUUUAAUUGCUCGCUUCUUCACUCUUGGAAUUCAACUAUUGCUCUACAUCUCAAACAAGUAUUUUGGAAAGGAUUAGACUUUGAUCCUCUGUGACCCUGUUCGAUUCAAUUGGUAAGAGAUGAAUUGGAGAAACCGCAACUGGAGCAAAUAGUAGAAGUGAAAGUGUAUGCCAAAAAAGUUCAUCAAAUAAGUGAAAGGAUUGGGAAACAGUUAGGUGCUCAUUGUUUUUUUUUUUUUUUUUGUAUGUAAAAUUAUAAAAUAAGUGAG